AUGGCUGAUGUGCUGUACUCGUCAACGUACCUGACCACGCCUUUAUUUAAUCUUGACAAAUGGGGGUUCGAAGCAUCGUACGAAUGUUGGAGACAGGAAUCAGGCUUCGAUAAAUUCUGGGAAGAAACUAAAAAGCGUUCACGGCUAGAUAGGGCCAUCAAUGACUGCGCUUUACGGGCUAUCUUUGACCACCUUAGAGAACUGCUGGCCGCAGAGCAGUAUGUCCGAGAUAACCCUCAACCGCCAACAAGCGACUCGUUCCGAUGGAUGAAUGCGCGACGCGAAGAGUGUGAGUCCCGCCUCCUUAGUGGCUAUACCGAGCUGGACGGAGCAGCAUCGGGCAAUCACUUAAGAGGCAGUGAGAGUAUCAUGCUAGCAGCAUGUACUUGCCUGGCAGCAAUCUGCUGGAUCGAAGUAACCUUCGGUUUUGCGUUGCCGAAAAAAAGAGAUCUGUUGCUCUCUCGACUCACUACUUGUAUCUCAAACUGUGGGGCUGUGCUUUCAGGUAAGCUCAAACUUUGGAUUUUGUUCGUUGGACUACUACUGGAGGGCUCCGUUCGAAAUUCACCAUCUGGCAAUGCGUACAUGAUGCAGGCGAAAGAAGUACAGCAAGAAUAUUGCACCACAGCCGAGGCUGUUCUGGAGGGUUUUCUCUAUUCGAAAGAUCAAGGAGCGUACGGCCACAAUUAA